UCGUCCGCUUCGGGUUACGCCUCUUUGGUGCGAGGGAGGAGGUAGGCGGAGAGCGAGAGAGAGAGAGAGAGAGAGGCGAGAUGGUGCAACGAUUAACGUAUCGGAAGAGGCAUAGUUAUGCCACCAAAUCGAAUCAGACCAGGGUUGUCAAAACCCCAGGUGGGAGCCUUGUGUAUCAGUACACGAACAAGAGGGCGAGCGGGCCGAAAUGCCCUGUGACUGGCAAGAGGAUCCAAGGAAUACCUCAUCUAAGACCUACUCAGUACAAGAGGUCCAGGUUGUCCAGAAAUCGCCGGACUGUGAACCGUGCUUAUGGUGGGGUCUUAUCUGGAAGUGCUGUCAGAGAACGGAUUAUCCGAGCUUUUUUAGUUGAAGAGCAGAAGAUUGUUAAGAAAGUUCUGAAGAUCCAGAAGGCCAAAGAAAAACAAGCCUCGAAGAGCUAGACAAGGGUGAGAGAGAAGCAUAAAUGCUGAGUAUGUAUCCACACAAGGGAGGUGAUAAUGAUCAGUGAUGUGAGUUUCAAUGUAACUGUUGGAUAUUAGGGGUUCCGGGGAGUUGUUUAGCACAAGUUCCAUAACCUAAAUCCUCUGGUAAUCUUUGAUUAUUUGUUAUGCUUGAACUAUCUUUCCUUGUAUUCUCAGUUAUCUAGUAACUAUUUUUGCUUUA